AUGCAGGCGAAUUGCAUUUUGAGGUCUGGGUUGCUGUUUGCCACUCUGUCUCUUGUCAUCGCCAAGCACAAGCAAUCUUCCUCUGCGAAAGGUUGUUACCCAAGGGGCACACUGUCCCAAGCUGUUGACAGACUCUACGUCAAGGCGGCAUGGCUCAAAGCAACAAUUCCAGAAGACCGCAUUAAAAAUAUACGAUUAUUAAAAAAGAAAACAAAAAAGCUAUUUAUGAAAAACUGCAGAUUCCAAGAACAGCUUCUGUCCUUCUUCAUGGACGAUGUUUUUGGUCAACUCCAAUUACAAGUCUGCAAGGAAAGACACUUUGUGGAAGAAUUUCAUAGCCUUAGGCAGCAAUUGAGCCGCUGUAUUUCAUGUGCUUCAUCAGCUAGAGAGAUGAAAACGAUUACCCGGAUGAAAAGAACAUUUUAUGGGAUUGGAAACAAAGGAAUCUACAAAGCUGUCAGUGAACUGGAUAUUCUUCUUUCCUGGAUUAAACAAUUCCUGGAAAGCAUCAAGUAA